CACAAAGUGACAAAGAAGUUAAAAUUUUGAAGGACACAAAAGAAGAAGUUAAAAUUUGCAAAUAUAUUUCAAUUAAUAAAAAAAAAAGUGAAGAGCUUUCAUUUUCUCACCCUUCUCGUACGUUGGAAGAAUGAGAAACCACAAAUAUCGUGUAGUAUCAGUUACUCGUGUAAUUUUGGAAGAAUGAGAAACCACAUUGGCAUCCACAUUAUCAAUCUUCCGCUUAUUCAUUUAAUUUACCUUGAAAAUAUUCUAGCAAAACGAACCACAAAUAAAACUAUUGUUUGUCACUAAUUUAUUAAAACUAUGUUUUCAGUAAACUAAACUGCAUAUAAUCAUAAUUUAUAUUUUGUAGAUAGCUACAUACCCCGCCAAAAGGAUCAUGUUUUUCUACCUAAUAAUAACAUAAAUGAAUAGUAAAAGUUGUAUACUUCAAUAUAACUCAAGUCAUUAUAUCUUGCAGAGUAGGGGUUGGAAACGGAUUAACCCGGUUUUUUACAACCGUUUUGGCCAUAUCAGCAACCGGGAAUUGGAUUGGAUGGGGAUCCGGUUUCAACCGUGACCGAAUUGAUCCGGUCCGGUUUUAACCAAAAAACCUAGGUUGUGCAGGUUCCCACCAAAACGCUGUCGUCUACAAAUUAAAAAAAAAAAACAAAGUGUGGGACGCUCCGCUUCCCCUCCUCCUAGCCGCACAAUUUUUAUCUUCUCAAUAGUCAUCUUCUUUCAGUUUCUUCUCUUCUCCCUCCCCUCUAGCCCUCUUUUUUUACAAACGACGAUGGCGGCGAGCCUUUCUCCUGUGAAGCCGAUCAAGCAAGGCGUCCAACAACCUCUUCUCCUUCAUGUUUACAGGUGAUGACGAGCAGCAAGCAAGAGGCAGCGACGAGAAGACACAACGGAGAGCGGCAAGCAAUACGUCGCCGAUUGAAGGAAGUCCCAAGAGCGAGAUCGAGAUGGGGAUUGAAGGAGGAGAUAAGCGAAGAGGAAGGGCUUGACGAUGCGAUUCACCAUCUCCUCCUCGUUUCUCCUCAACGAAUCGGCCGGCGGCGAAUCGGACAGGAAGGAGGCUAUUGGCUGGCCACUCGACUUUUUCUCAUCUUCGCCAAGCCUCCGCUGCAAUUGGAAAUGGAAGAGAGAUCGAGGGAAAGACAGCCGCUGAGAAGAGGUGCUGCUUCUCGCAGAGGUGCGGCUGCGUGAGCCAUAGCUGAGAAAGGGAUUAGGGUUAGGAGGGCUUCUCUUGGGAUUGGGCUUCGUGUUUUUGUUGGGCUGGGGAUGUUUUUUAUUUUUUGUUUAGGGCAGGCUUCAUUUUACAGAUCAAUGGGCUGGUUUUGGGCUUAUGAAUUAUGAAUCCGGUUUUCCGGUUUUAACCGGAUUGGACCGGGACAGUGGUCAGUACAACCGCAAAUUGGAUUGGGUUGCUUGGAAUCCGGUUUCCGGUUACAACCGGAACGGUUUAAACUGCCCGGUUUCUGGUUUGACCGAAAACCGAGACUGGAUUUCCAGCCCUAUUGCAGAGCCCCCAUUGUGUAUCGAAUUGAUGCAUCAAUCCAAAUAGUAGUUAUUAUGAAACAAUCAGGCCAAAAUCAAGCUUUAGUUAGGGAUUUAAUUAGGCAAAAUUCACGCUAAGGAAACAAACCAAUGUCAUUACAAACGUCUAGAAAUGGGGGAAAACAUCGACAUUUACUACCAUUUUAUUUCUUCUUCGCGCCCUUUAUAAAAUCCCAAAUAUGUUCCCUCCUUAUAACCCCCUGUUACAUACUAUUUACUUGAUCAGAUCAUCGUCAUAUAGCUAGCUAGUAGCAUGUCACUCAUGAACAUAAUAAACAUAAUGAACAACUCUCACAACUAUGCUUUCCAUCUUUACAUCCAAGGAAUCGAGUUGCAAUAGGCCUCCAAGGAAAACGAUCAAUUAUUCAACCAAAGGAGAGAUACUCCAAGUCCAAGCAACGAACCCUUUGAAUUAUAUGUUACAUGUUUACAUCAAAGUAUACAGGAUAACAGAGAACCAUAAAACAACUACCUGAAUAACGAAGAAGAAAUACAACCAUUGAAUCGAAAGGAAAAUUUACUAUCCAGCCGCCGUAAUCUGGAAGAUAUUAAGAAAAGAAUGGGAAAAGACUAUAACUCGGCCAGUCAACCGCUAGCAGUCAGAUAUCUCUAAGGAAGAAAUAUCAAUUGCCCACUGCGGAUCAGAUCAAAAGGGAAGAGAUGCUCCAAGUCCAAGCAACGAACCCUUUGAAUUAUAUGUUACAUGUUUACAUCAAAGUAUACAGGAUAACAGAGAACCAUAAAACAACUACCUGAAUAACGAAGAAGAAAUACAACCAUUGAAUCGUAAAGGGAAAUUUACUAUCCAGCCGCCGUAAUCUGGAAGAUAUUAAGAAAAGAAUGGGAAGAAGACUAUAACUUGGCUAGUCAGCCGCUAGCAGUCAGAUAUCUCCGAGGAAGAAAUAUCAAUUGCCCACUACGGAUCAGAUCAAAAGGGAAGAGGGAGAAAUGAUAGGUUGGACUUUUCUUCGUCAAUAGGCAAAAAUAUGUUAGAGUUAUUCAAUUUUUUCCCAACAAAUCAGUGCAUCAUGUAACUCCCGCCUCCUAUUCUCCUACAAAGAGGGAAAAAAAAAUCAAUAUGCCUU